CCGCCUCGCCGCGCCGCCCGCCCGCCCGCCCGCCCCGCUGCAUGCCCCGGCGGCGCGGCCAUGGAGGUGGUGGGCGACUUCGAGUACAGCAAGAGGGACCUCGUGGGACACGGGGCCUUCGCCGUGGUCUUCCGGGGGCGGCACCGCCAGAAAACUGAUUGGGAGGUAGCUAUUAAAAGUAUUAAUAAAAAGAACUUGUCAAAAUCACAAAUACUGCUUGGGAAGGAAAUUAAAAUCUUAAAGGAACUUCAACAUGAAAAUAUUGUAGCACUCUAUGAUGUUCAGGAAUUACCCAACUCUGUCUUUUUGGUGAUGGAGUACUGCAAUGGUGGAGACCUGGCAGAUUAUUUGCAAGCUAAAGGAACUCUUAGUGAAGACACGAUUAGAGUGUUUCUGCAUCAGAUCGCAGCUGCCAUGCGAAUUCUGCACAGCAAAGGAAUAAUCCACAGGGAUCUCAAACCACAGAAUAUCUUGCUGUCAUAUGCCAAUCGCAGAAAGUCCAACGUCAGUGGUAUUCGCAUCAAAAUAGCGGAUUUUGGGUUUGCUCGUUAUCUACAUAGUAACAUGAUGGCUGCAACGCUGUGUGGGUCCCCAAUGUACAUGGCUCCUGAGGUUAUUAUGUCUCAACAUUAUGAUGCUAAGGCAGACCUGUGGAGCAUAGGAACAGUGGUAUAUCAAUGCCUAGUUGGAAAACCACCUUUUCAGGCCAAUAGUCCUCAAGACCUAAGGAUGUUUUAUGAAAAAAACAGAAGCUUAAUGCCUAGUAUUCCCAGAGAAACAUCACCUUAUUUGGCUAAUCUCCUUUUGGGUUUGCUUCAGAGAAACCAGAAAGACAGAAUGGACUUUGAAGCAUUUUUUAGCCAUCCUUUUCUUGAGCAAGUUCCAGUGAAGAAAUCUUGCCCAGUCCCAGUGCCCGUGUACGCUGGCUCUGUCUCUGGAAGCUCCUGUGGUAGCUCUCCAUCUUGUCGCUUUGCAUCUCCACCAUCCCUUCCAGAUAUGCAGCAUAUUCAGGAAGAAAACUUAUCCUCCCCACCAUUGGGUCCUCCCAACUACCUACAAGUGUCCAAAGAUUCUGCCAGUACUAGUAGCAAGAACUCUUCUUGUGACACGGAUGACUUUGUUUUGGUUCCACACAACAUCUCGUCAGACCACUCAUAUGAUAUGCCAAUGGGGACUGCUGGCAGACGUGCUUCAAAUGAGUUUUUGGUGUGUGGAGGGCAGUGCCAGCCUACUGUGUCACCUCACAGUGAAACAGCACCAAUUCCAGUUCCUACUCAGAUACGGAAUUAUCAGCGCAUAGAGCAGAACCUUACAUCUACUGCCAGCUCUGGCACAAAUCUACAUGGUUCUCCAAGAUCUACAGUGGUACGAAGGUCUAACACCAGUCCUAUGGGCUUCCUCCGGCUGGGAUCUUGCUCCCCAGCACCAGCAGACACAGUACAGACAGUUGGACGAAGACUCUCCACUGGGUCUUCCAGGCCUUACUCACCCUCCCCCUUGGUUGGGACCAUUCCUGAGCAGUUUAGUCAGUGCUGCUGUGGGCAUCCUCAGGGUCAUGAAUCCAGGAGUAGAAACUCAUCAGGUUCUCCAGUGCCACAGGCUCAGUCACCACAGCCUCUCCUGUUGGGCGCUAGACUGCAGAGCGCCCCUACCCUCACCGACAUCUACCAGAACAAGCAGAAACUCAGAAAGCAGCACUCGGACCCUGUGUGCCCAUCCCAUGCUGGGACUGGGUACAGCUACUCCCCCCAGCCCAGUCGGCCUGGCAGCCUUGGAACCUCUCCCACCAAGCACAUGGGGUCCUCUCCUCGGAGUUCUGACUGGUUCUUUAAAACUCCUUUACCGACCAUCAUUGGCUCUCCUACUAAGACCACAGCUCCUUUCAAAAUACCUAAAACUCAAGCGUCUUCCAACCUGCUAGCCUUGGUUACUCGUCAUGGACCUACUGAAGGGCAAUCUAAAGAUGGGAAUGACCCACGGGAAUGCUCUCAUUGUCUCUUAGUUCAAGGAAGUGAGAGGCAGAAGUCUGAGCAGCAGAACAAAGCAGUGUUUGGCAGAUCUGUCAGUACUGGAAAAUUAUCAGAUCAACAAGUGAAGAUACCUUUAGGUGGACAUCAGGGCAGCACAGACAGUUUAAAUACAGAACGACCAAUGGAUAUAGCCCCUGCAGGAGCUUGUGGUGGUGUACUGGCACCUCCUAUAGGAACAGCAGCAAGUUCCAGGGCUGUCCUGUUCACUGUAGGAUCUCCUCCACACAGUGCCACGGCCCCCACUUGUACCCAUAUGGUCCUUCGAACAAGAACAACCUCAGUGAACGGCUAUGCAUCCGCUGCAUUUUAUGAUGAUGACUGUGGAGCAACAGGGAGAAAUGUGUAUGCUAUAAACUUGUUUAAAGCUAGCCAUGAUGAUGUCUUCGAAAUACACGUAUCAACAAGAAGUAAAGCCGGCUCCAGCAGCUCCGGAGGCUCCGUAUGCUCUGCAAGUGGCCGCGUGUGUGUGGGCUCCCCGCCGCUGGGUCCGUGCCUGGGGUCUUCCCCUCCAGGAGCAGAGGCAGCUCCCGGCCUGAGAUACAUGCCUCAUGGUGCUUCACCCCCCAGCCUAGAGGGGCUCAUCACCUUUGAGGCCCCCGAACUGCCAGAGGAAACACUGAUGGAGCGGGAACACACAGACACCUUACGCCACCUGAACGUGAUGUUAACGUUCACUGAAUGUGUGCUGGAUCUGACAGCCGUGCGGGGAGGACACCCGGAGCUGUGCACAUCUGCUGUCUCCUUAUACCAGAUCCAGGAGAGUGUGGUUGUGGACCAGAUCAGCCAACUAAGCAAAGACUGGGGGCGGGUGGAGCAGCUGGUGUUAUACAUGAAAGCGGCACAGCUAUUAGCAGCCUCUCUGCAUCUCGCCAAAGCCCAGAUCAAGUCCGGGAAGCUGAGCCCAUCCACAGCUGUGAAACAAGUUGUCAAAAAUCUGAACGAACGAUAUAAAUUCUGCAUCACCAUGUGCAAGAAGCUUACAGAAAAGCUGAAUCGCUUCUUCUCUGACAAACAGAGAUUUAUUGAUGAAAUCAACAGUGUGACUGCAGAGAAACUCAUCUAUAAUUGUGCUGUAGAAAUGGUUCAGUCUGCAGCCCUGGAUGAGAUGUUUCAGCAGACUGAAGAUAUUGUUUAUCGUUAUCACAAGGCAGCCCUUCUUUUGGAAGGCCUCACUAAGAUUCUCCAGGACCCUGCAGAUAUUGAAAAUGUACAUAAAUAUAAAACUAGUAUUGAAAGAAGAUUGUCAGCACUCUGCUGUAGCACCGCGACGCUGUGAGCCGCAGCAGGCUUGUCCCGCGGACCAUUGCUGGGCCUGGGGAGAGAAGUUUGGGAUCGAAACUUGGGUUCUGUCUCCCCACCCCCAGGAAACCCUAGUUCCUCACCUGGUGACUACCAAAGAACAAGCAGGACUUCAAACAGGAAAAACAAUCCAAAAACUACAUACUUGUAGGAAAUCUGCCUUAUUGGAGACGUCACCCCUUCCCUUUUCUCUGUAGAAGCAGGAGCAAGAGUAUUCCACUUGGCUCUCAGUUUGAACUCCGUAAAUAAAUGUACCUUAGAAACAGUAUCACCAGUGCAGUUAUUCUUAAGGAUAAUUAAGAAUGAAACAAAGUGAGUGGCUCUGUAAUCAGUUUACCAGAGCAGUGUGUGAAAUUCCACACAGUUGCUGAGGUAUAAAAGUAAAAUCUACAUCUCACCCAGGCAGUUUGUUAUUUGGGGUAGGUUUGUCUAAAUCUGAGCACGCAUCCUUAAACAGCUCAGGAAGAUCUAGCGUGAGAACAAGCUGAAAGAAAGCUCUUGGAAGAAAUUGUGAAAUCUUCUAUUUGAUCUAAUAUGGACACAUGUUAAUCUUCCAAAAUCUUUCAUAUUGCACUAAUUUAUUAAAACAACUGUGUAUUGGAUUUUGCAAUUUACAACUAACUGAGGCACAAUGGACUUGUUUAAAAUAUUUUACUUGAUUAUAUUAUAUACACACACCCUUUCCAGAAUUCACAUAUAAUCUCUAGUGGACUUUUAAAUGGUAAAAACUUGUGUUCGUGUGAACCUUUGCAUUUUUUUAACCUAUCCAUCUACACAUACAGAUUUUCUCAGUGGUAUUUUUGAGUUGCUGGUUGUUUGCUUUUGGUUGCAUUUUUUAUUGUGCAUGCAGAAUGUGCAUUGAUGCCUGUGAUCUCUAGGUUUACUAAAGGCUAGGUUUACUUGGGCAGUAUUAGAAGAAAUACCAAUCAGGAUACCCUCAAGAAUUUUUGUAGGGCCAAAACAAAGUUGGUGACCUAAAGGCUCGUUGGUGAUGUAGAGUUUUGACAUGAAGUUAGUGAAAAAUGAGGUUUGUCUUCUCUUAGGAAAAUGGGCAGCUCUCCCCAGCCUAAUGUGUAUUUUUCAUGUUAAUCCUGACAGUUCACCAAAUAGCUAGUCAUGGAGAAUGCUGGCAGUUAACACCUCUCCAGAAAUGGCUCCUGCAUUGUGUAUCGUUUGAUUUUUUUUUUUUUUUUUUUUUACUCACCUGCUUGAAUACUUGAAUAAACCAUUCUCCAGUUUUAACCCUUUUACUUUUAUCCUUUUAGAUAAUAUCAUCCAAACUCCUGACAAAUUGCACAGAAGCUCUUUGGCAUUAAUCUAAUUUUAGUGUACUGAUAAAGACGAAAACAUGGUUUUUCCUUUACUUGGACAAAGUAAUGUAAUUUUUACCUUAUUUAUCUGUAUGAAAUUCCAGCAGUUAAUUUGAACAUUUAUUUAUAUGAUGUUUGUAUUUUUAGGUCUUUAAUACAGUGUUUCUACCUCUCAUUUGUAACUGCAUGCAUUACUCUCGAAACUAGGUAAAACUCACGGAAUUGUUGUGUACUAGCCUUUUUAUUCCUGUGUGUACAGAUGUAUAUUAAGGUAAAAUAAAACUGACAAAGUGUUUCUAGGGUAAAGCUGGGUCCAUAUUACAUGGCUCUUCAGGCCAGGUCCUUCCUCAGUGAGUUUGGAGGCUUGGUCAUUAAUAUCCUUUGUCCUGCCCCCAGAUUUCAGAUGCUCAGCCUGUCAUGCAGGCUACCACUCGUGUAGACUACAUGAUGAGGGUUCUGGCCCCUCCCUGCAGGGGUUAUAAACAUCGUUAGUAGGAAUACUGUUUUGUAUCACUUUUUCAGGUGUCCCAGGCAAUUUCAUUUAUGUUCUCACAGUUCUCACCCACGUUAUCUCCUCCAGGGGGGCUGGGUUCAGUCUGGCCCCUCCGCCUCCCAACCUGUUUUUUUGUUUUGUUUUGUUUUGUUUUGUUUUGUUUUGUUUUGUUUUAAAACACAGGGUGAAACAGGUUCACAGAGAGCAAGUGAUUGGUCUGAAGUCAGGUAACUAGGGAGGUAGUUAAGCCAUGCUUUGUGACUUCCAAGUUCAUUCUUCGUCCUCUUGUAUAAAAUAAAGGUCAGUCUCGUGGUAGAUGCUGUGUGUGAAACCGUGAUGUCCGAACAGCAGAGAACAGACUGUAAACUCAUGAAUAAUGGUUCUGAUUCUACUUCCAUUAUCAAGGCCAAUUGUUUUCAGAGAUUUUGCCUUGACUAUAGCAAUAAUAAACGCUUUACAUUUCCA